CUUUCACCAGAAAAAAUAAGGCAUGUUUUAAUCUUGCUAGGAGAUGGACAAUAGAUGAAAUUCAAGUCUCUGUCAAGGCAACACAACCGGAGGUCUCCGGAUCGGAGAAAAUUGCCAGAGAGAGGGCGAUGCCGAAAGGAUCAAAGCUAGAGGAUGGAUUAAACUUAUUUGUUGGGCUUCCUCUGGAUGCUGUUUCCCACGGCAACACACUGAACCAUGUAAGAGCAAUCGGGGCAGGGUUGAAAGCUCUGAAGCUUUUGGGGGUAGAAGGGGUCGAAUUUCCCAUCUGGUGGGGGAUAGCCGAGAAGGAAGCCAGAGGAAGGUACGACUGGUUGGGAUAUCUUGAGCUUGUAGAGAUGGUCCGAGAUGCGGGUCUCAAGCUUCACGUAUCUCUCUGCUUCCAUGCUGCCAAACAAGCCAAAAUUGAACUCCCUGAUUGGGUGUCAAAGAUUGGUGAAGCACAACCAGACAUCUUCUUCACCAAUAGGUCGAGACGGCGCUACAAAGAGUGUUUAUCACUGGCGGUGGACGAUUUUCCCGUCCUCUACGGGAAGACUCUAGUUCAGGUUUACCAGGUAUUCCUGUAGCUUCAAAUCUUCAUUCUCAAAUCUCAUGGGCUCUACAAUCGUGAUGUUUCAGUGGGCCUGGGACCAGAUGGAGAGCUUCGGUACCCUUCCUGACCAUCAACGAGAGGUGGCAAGAUUAUAGGAGCAGGGGAAUUCCAUAGCUACGACAAAAACAUGCUAAAGCAUCUACAAGAACACGCCCAGGCAACCGAAAACCCCUUCUGGGGCCUCUCAAGUCCUCAUGAUGCCCCCAACUACGACUAGUCACCCUUUCGCCAACACCUUCUUCAAGGAGAACGGAGGCUCUUGGGAGACCCCAUAUGGAGUAGCUCUUUUCCUAAUCAAAAAGUAGAGCAUAAUACAACACAACAAAAGUGAAACCGCGAAGAGGCCCUCGGUGGCUAUGAGAAUUAUGUCUUUCAU